AUGAUGAAAAGUUCAAGUUCAUCAUUGCCAGAAUUGCCUAAUGAUAUCAUCGUUGAAAUAUUGUGUAGAUUGCCUGUCAAGAGCCUGGUUCGAUUUUGUUGCGUAUGUAGGUUUUGGCAAAAUCUCAUCACAAAAGACCGUGGUUUUAUGAAUUCUCAGCUACAUAAUUCCAUUAAAAAUCUCAGUUGCUUCCAGAAUGUACUCCUAAGGAAUGAUGAAGGUUCUACAAAAUGUCCCUGCCACAAAAUUCCCGAUCUUCAACCCCAAAAAUUGAUGAAGAAAUUCGCACAUGGGACUGAGAAUUUACCUGGCUGUCGAGUGAUAUUUCAAGAAGGUAAAUUCAUCAUGUCUGGUUGUUGUGAUGGGAUUAUAUGUUUUUAUUGGAUCUUCCACUCAAACUGUUCAAGUAGGAAUUUAGAACCUAUGAUUUAUCUAUGCAACCCGGCUUUACGUCAAUGCAGGGCCCUUCCAUCCAGUAAUUACCAGAACCGAAGCUAUUCUUUUAAUACAGUGGUGUGCUUUUUCUUAGAUCCAGUGAGUGAUGACUACAAAGUCGUGAAAAUUAUAAAUUGGGGUGCAAAAUUCAUGGUUGAGUUGUAUAGUUUGAGUAACAAUUCUUGGAAACAACUUGGCUUGAAAAUUCUUCCUCCCAGAGACCAAAGAACUUCAAUUUUCGAUAGGCCAGUAGUUCAUGACGGGUUUCCUUAUUGGUUGGCUCAGCGAGCAAACGACUGGACUCGUUUCUUGAAUGUAUUAGACAUGGUUGAAGAAAAUAUUCGAGAAAUUCCUAUCCCAGAUGGCAUCCAAUGUCCUCAACUGGAAUUAUUCCAGGGAUCCCUUUCCAUAUUUGGUUGGAGUACUUCCACAAAUAUGAAUACAGUAUGGGUGAUGAAGGAAGACAGGACAGGAACCUGUUGGACAAAGCAACUGCUAAUUCCUGGAACUACGUUCUUCAGCCUGCUAUCCUGCAGAGCGACAGGCGUCACUACCUCUGGGAAGAAUUUGGUAGCUUCUUGUAUUGGCCAUGUCUAUUUAUAUGAUCCAAAGGCUCAACAAACAGUUGGGUAUCAAAAUGGGGUGCGUUUGGAGUAUGGGGAGGCCUACAAGUAUGUUGUAGCUGAUUAUGUUGCAAGCUUAGUUUCUGUUUUCCCUCCUGCUGAUGAAAACUUCUAUCAGAGACAAGUCCUUAAUGGAAGAGAGGAGACGGACAAAAACAAAGCUAAGAGAAGCUAUUCCACUCAGUCGAGUUUCUUAUCAAGAAUGUUCACUUUUUUCCUGUGUAAGAAAUGA